AUGAAGAAACCCGAAUUCAAGAUGCCCUCAAUCAAACUCCCCUCCGUCAAAGUCUCCGAACUCAAGCAUCAUCUCCCGUCCUUCAAACGCCAACCCGUCUUCAAUCGCCCCGUACAAACCUCCGGCCACCGUACCAUAUCCCGAGCGCUCUACCUCACCCUUCUCUGCCUGCUGGUCGCCUUCUCCACCGCCGUCAUCGCGCUCAAAGCAAUGACUUUGGAAUUCAUCGAGGACAACAGCGACACCGGAUUCGUCUUCGAAACCGGCGACCCUGAUCCUACGAUUCUAGCUGCACUGCCCAGAAUGUUGUUCGAAGCACCUGCGAAACUAGCAAUCGUAGCAGCUGUAGUGUCCAUUUUUAUAGGGUUUGGGCAUGGCGCUUUUAUUGUGAAGGAUUGGAAGGUUGGGGCGAAGACGCAAACCUACUCCUUCCGCCGCAACACCAUGUUCCUACACCUCACCAACUCCAUCCUCAUCCUCCUCUCCAUGGUCGCCAUCUACGUAACUCACAAAUCCACCUCCCAUUUCUCCGAACGCUACAUCAACCGCAAAGCUGACCGGCCCGGCGACGGCGUUCGCUACAACAUUGGUACCUUCGAUCUCGAAACCUGGUCAUGUGAACUCCAGUCUGUCAAAGGUGCUGAAAUGGUCUGGGAGGAUUACGGACGACAGUGCAAGGUUGAGAUGGCGGGUAGGGCCGUCAUGAUUCCGUUUUUGGUAGUGGGGUUCGUAUUAGCAGCAGUUGGGGUGGCAGGGAUGGUGGGGGGACGCGGCGAGGAGGCGGAAUUAACAUGGAAUAAACAGGGUGAUAGGCGGUUGGAUGGCGGGGAAGACGGGACAGGAAUAGGAAGUGUAGAGAUGGGUAAGCUUAAUGAUAUAUGA